AUGUUUUACAAAGAUGAUAUUGAGAAUAUAAAACGUAACAUUUACAUUUAUUAUUUAGUUGAUCAGUGUAAUUACUUUUAUAAGAACCUUAUCGAUAAUACAAACGCGGUCCAUUUAAUUCCUUUCAGCAUUACAUUUGCCAUACUUCAUCUCUCUAUUUUAAGAGAGAGGCAAAAAUUUUGGAUCGAGAAUAAAGUUUGGGAUAAAACAUGGGUCAUAGAUUUACAUGAAAAAGUUGAUGCAUAUAAAAAACAUUUUGUUGAAAUUUAUCCUCAAUGGCAAGAUUGGCGUAAAAAACAAUUCAUCAUCAAGGCAGAGUUAGAUGGACAUAAGGAGGCAUUUGGAUAA